AUGGCAUCCGCCACAGACGCUCGCUAUGGGCAGAAGGAAUCUUCGGACCAGAACUUCGACUACAUGUUCAAAAUCCUCAUCAUCGGAAACAGCAGCGUGGGCAAGACAUCUUUCCUCUUCCGCUACGCAGACGACUCCUUCACGCCUGCCUUUGUCAGCACUGUAGGCAUCGACUUCAAGGUCAAGACCAUCUACCGAAACGAUAAGAGGAUCAAGCUGCAGAUCUGGGACACAGCGGGGCAAGAGCGGUACCGGACCAUCACGACAGCCUACUACCGGGGCGCCAUGGGCUUCAUCCUCAUGUACGACAUCACCAAUGAGGAGUCCUUCAAUGCGGUGCAGGACUGGUCAACCCAGAUCAAGACCUACUCAUGGGACAAUGCCCAGGUGCUGCUGGUAGGGAACAAGUGUGACAUGGAGGAUGAGCGGGUUGUGUCGUCGGAACGUGGUCGACAACUGGCAGACCACCUGGGGUUCGAGUUCUUUGAGGCAAGCGCCAAGGACAACAUUAAUGUCAAACAGACCUUUGAGCGCCUUGUGGAUGUCAUCUGCGAGAAGAUGUCUGAGUCAUUGGACACGGCCGAUCCUGCAGUCACGGGCGCCAAGCAGGGCCCACAGCUCACGGAUCAGCAGGCGCCUCCUCAUCAGGACUGCGCCUGCUGA